UUCAUGAACCAAAUGUUGGUGUACUGUUUGUGAUUUGUCGUCAGCUGUUUUAGAGAACUUGCUUUCGUCUUAUUCGGAUCACAAUUUCCUCUGCCCUUCCUCUUCUCGAUUUCAAACAGGUUUGUUGGAGGAGAAUCGGCGCUGUCUGGGAUUGCGACUACGGUUUAUUCACAUCACCUCUCAAGCUCUCAUUGUUGUUGGUCCGAGACUUCCUUUUCAGAAAUCGCUGCCCAUUCAUAGGAGAAGACAUAUAAAUGAUGGACUUCACACCAUUGAAAGAGCUCCAACUUGGCCAAAGAGGAUGCAAAAUUAAAUGCCGUCUUGCAAGGUUGUGGGAUUCAACAAAUCCUAAAAUGAAAGAUGAAUUAAUGAGUGUUGAUUUCCUUCUGAUUGACAAUGAGGGGUCCACAAUUCAAGGGUCCAUCAGAAAACAAGACGCACCUCAAUUGAAGAACUUACUCACGGAAAGCAAGAUAUAUGUUUUUGCAAACUUCAUUGUUGCAGCGGCAAAGAAAACCUAUCGAGUCUGUCAGCAUGAAACAAUGAUACAAAUAGGCCCAUGGACAAUCAUAAAGGAGGAACCGGAUAUCGAAUCAACAAUACCAAUGAACUCAUUUCAUCUACCUCAGAUCAAAGACAUUGAAGCAAGGUUGUACAAUGACACCAUCUUAACUGAUGUCAUUGGCCACAUAACAUCAGUAGAGAGACUGAGUACCACUUACGCAAUUGGUAGAAAUGUCAGCAAGAAGAACAUGGUUCUUCACUCCUUCGGGUACACAAGACUUCCUGUCACAUUGUGGGGAUCAAUUGCUGAGGCAUUCAAUGAAGAAAAUGUGUUGUCCAUUGGCGAUACAGAAUCUAUCAUAGCAAUACUAACAAGCAUGACUGUCAGAUCAUUCAAAGGGGAACCAACACUAUCAAGUACAUCAGCAACAAAGGUAUAUGUUAAUCAGGAAAAUGAAGAAACCAUAAGCUUUCGCAACAGCUUGCUGUACCCACAUGGAGUUAUUUCCUUAACCCAAGCAACAUCAACAACUGACAAUGCAAAUGAACAGUUGGAGAAUAAGAGUAAAACCAUUAUGGAGCUAUUGCACUUAGAUCGUCUGACUGACAUGGGCAAAAAAUAUACAACUGUUGCAACCAUUGAAGGAAUAGAUGCUGCGACAGGAUGGUGGUACAAUGCGUGCCCAAAGUGCAAGGCCGGUGUGACUACAACUGAAGGAACACUCUCAUGCAGAAAAUGUGGACCAAUUCACAACAUCCCAAUACCAUGGUACAAACUUAAUAUGACUGUUGCUGAUGGGACAGCAGAGGCAAAGUUCCUUGUGUUUGGAAAACACAUUGAACGACUGCUAAAAAUUUCUGCUGACCAACUCUGUGAUCUUCCAGGCUCAACUAGAACAGUGCUACCUCCAAUCAUUGAGCAGCUCUUAUGUGGCAAAAAAUAUACAUUCAUUGUCUCAAUCAAUGACAGGGAUAACAAUCCUCAUGUGCUAACCUUUAAUGUAUCUUAUAUGGCUGAGGAACCAAAAUUACUGGAUUACAAUAUGCAGCCUCAGCCCGCACAGAUCAACACUGGGAAUACAACUAUACCAGCUGACAAAAACAAAAAGCCUGACGCUACAGAAGACGAUAUUCUCAUCAGCAGUUUACACGGCAAAAGAAAAAGGGAUAUACCUACUCUUCUCAUGAAAAAAGAGGGAGGAGUUGAAGAAAAUAGCACUAACAAUUCUCAAGGGGAGUUAAUGGCAACAAAAGACAAAGAAUCAGAAUCGAAGGACAAACAUCUACGCAAGAAACCUGCAAUUUCAAAGGGCAAGACAAAGAUUUGAUAAACUCCAAACAAUUCGUGUGCCGCACCAAACUUUUGUCCUUAAUAUGUCCAUAUUUUGUGUACAUAAAUGUACAGGAAACUACCUAUGAGAAUCUUCUAUGUUCUUCAAGGAAGACUUUAGAACUCCUGUCACUAACAAUGCUCUGAAAAACACUUUGUAAAAUAUCAUAUUUUGAGGGCAUGGAUCAUAACAAUCGAUGAUAUUGAUCCUUUUCUUAGGAACAUACUAAAAUAUUGUAUGAAAAUUUCCGCUUAUAUAAAUAGUGUAUCAAAAAGGAGUAAA